AUGGACAGAGGCGCAGCACGCAGCCGCAAGAGGUCACAGAUCCAGAACGGGCCCGCAGCACCGCAACAUGCCGAAUCCAGCGGCGCUCCCCAUCGGCCCCGACCCGAGGGGAACGACCGGUUCCGUCAGCCUCACGCCGAAGGCGCUUCAGGUGCGACGCGGUACAAGCCUAAAGCGAUCCGCUCGUCCGCCGCGCUUAUUUGGUCCCAGGCGGCAUUCGCUAUCCCGCCGCCAAAGGAUGUGCUAGAGGGCGUGAGGAGGGUAGAUCUGGCGGGGAGCGGAUUGACGGAUGUGAGCUGGUUGAAGGGGACGGGGGUGACGUGGUUGAAUCUGGCGGGGUGUCAGAUCAGUGAAGGGUGGGAGGCGGUCGGAAGUCUGACGGAAUUGUCUGUGCUCAAUAUCAGCAAUUGCGGGCUGAAGCAGCUCCCGGACAGUCUGAAGGGGCUGGUCAAUCUCAAGGCGCUGGUGGCUAUGGGGAAUGAGUGGACGAGCAUCGACGGAGAGGUGCUGUCCAGCUGGAAAGAGCUCAACUCUCUCAUCGUUUCGCACUCUCCUUCGCUCUCGUCCCUCCCCAAGGCGCUCGCACAGGUCGUCCACCUCUCCAAACUCACCUUCUCCCAUUGCCCAAAACUCUCCGCUACAUCACUGCCCGACCUCUACCCCCUCCCCCUCCUCCGCGAUGUUAAGAUGAAUAAUCUUCCACUCCUCACUUCCCUUCCCUCCCAUAUCUCCGCAUGGGGUACCGGCGACCUCAGCCUGACUCGCAAGCCACGAGCGAACGACGCCGACUCGGACUCGGACCAGCCCGGCGAGAGCUCCACCGUGCGGCGCGGCGAGGGCUUGGAAGUUCUCGACCUCGGGAACUGCUCUUUGCCGUACGGCGCUAUCGAGGGGGUGUUCCUCAAGCCCAAGUCGGCCAAAUGGGCACAUCUUCGUUCAUUGACCCUUCACUCGAAUCCCCUCGGUACGACCCACCCAAACUAUUCGGAACUCCUUCAGGCGUCGGCCCUUCUCCCGAAUCUACAGAUUGUUGAUGCGAAGCGGGUCGUCGAGCGGAAACGGAAAGGAGAGGUCUCCGAGUCCAAGAAGGAGAGGAUGGCUAGGGAGCGAAGGGAGAACAAGAUGAAGCCUAGUGGGGCGAAUGUGGGCGGGACAGGGGCGAUGCGGAAGUGGGGUGGUGAAGCGGAUGAGAGGGAAGAGGUGGUCGAGCCUGUACCGGCGGAAGAGAAGAAGGUGAAGAAGCGCAAGGCGGAGGACGGUGAGAAGAUCAAGGUGAAGAAGGCGAGGGUGGACGGGGAGCCACGAAAGUUGAAGAGCGACAAGACUGGGAAGGCCGACGACCACAAGGCAAAGCCAGCACCAGCGGCCCCACCAGCUGCAGAGGCUGCACUGGACCCGUCCCUGUCCGUCGCGCCGGCCAAAAAGCCUACGAAACCUGCGGCGAAGGAACCGGUAUUCGAGGUGAUUGACGUGGCCAAGGCAGCCAAGGCGGCGAAGGGAGAGAAGGUCGGCCGGCUGGAGCGGAGGCUGAAGGAGAGGAAGGAUAAGAAGCAGGGUAUCGAGCCAGUUAAGGACGUGGCACCGGUGGAUCUGAAGAGUCUCUUUGGGGCAGGGGCAAAGACAGAUGAUAAUGAGGACUCUGGACUGGGUGUAGGAGGCUGGUAA